GGAACUUGAAAGCAGUUGACUAACCCUCAGCCGACUUGAGGGUGACGUAUACCGACCGCAGUCAACGCAAUAAUCAAUAAACCGACCGGUCGUCACCAGUGAAAGUAUUUCAAAACUUAUCCAUCCGCAUCUAACGUGGUCCCCCAGCGUCCUCGCUGUCAGAGAUUUAAGAAGAUAUUGGCAAAUUGUGAUGUCAGUCAAGAAAAAGGUGUUGAUGGUGUGCUUAGGCAAUAUUUGCCGCUCACCAAUUGCGGAAGCUGUUUUUGCGGACUUUAUUCGAAGAAAGAAGCUUUACGAUAUUUGGGAAGUUCAUAGCGCAGCGCUGAUUGGUUACCACACAGGCAAGGGUCCAGAUCAUAGAGCGAUGACAACUAUAGAAAAACACGGGAUCACAGAUUACACUCACCAAGCAAGACCUAUUACUACCAAUGAUUUUCACAACUUUGAUUGGAUUUUUGGAAUGGAUGAAGAUAAUAUCAGGGAACUUGAACGGUUGCGACCUAACAACAGUUCUGCAGUAAUCGAACUCCUCGGCAGCUACGAUCCAGAAGAGGAGCGGAUCAUUAGAGACCCUUACUACGAUACUGAUAUACAGGGAUUUGAAAAGGCAUACAUACAAUGUGUGAGGUCAGUAGCAGCAUUUCUAGAAAAACACAAGUACUAGAUCACCAGUUUACCGGUGCAAUAUCAUACGGUAUAUGGGUAAACUUUUACAAAAGAAUUAAAUGAUGAUUGUAAAUACAAGUUUGACAUGGGUAAAUAUUUAGAAAUUCCUUUGAAACCUAAAA